AGUAAUAGUACCAGUACGGGUUCGGCCAAAUAUUGGAAGGAACAGCGCCCACAGGCCCCACCCCUACCGCCAAAGGCGCAGCCGGUUAAGGGAAGAAUAGUGACGACGUGAUCUUUACUAGAAGGCGGCAAGGCACUGGAAUUUCCCAAGGUGUACGCUGAUCAAUAACAACUCUUUUCCAGAUUAAUCAGUGGUUAAUUCGUUGUCCUAAUUGCAAUAACUCUUCUAGUCAGCUGUUUUUUACUCCGUAUAUUCUAUUCUGAGCUAAUUUGAGCAAAAAUCUCAUCUUGUGCGAGUUCUCUACAUGUUCUGUGGUAAUUAGCCAGAAUAAGUGUCUUAAAGAAGAAAGUUUGAUAGAAUUAGUGUGAGGAUAUGCCUGCAUUCUUUUCUUUGGUGAUUAAGAUCUGCUGUAAUUGUGCUUAUGGCUGAUUUUUUUCACAACCUCGACUGUUGGUAGGGUUACGGCAAUUGAUUAUGAAAUUCUAGAAUUCGAAAAAAUGACAUGGUGUUGUUUGGUUUCUGGAUAGUGUUCUGUAGGCUGCCUGAAAAGACUCCGGGAUUGCUGAUUAGAAAUUCUUCUUCUUCCGAAAUUGCUUUCUCAGCUAAUAGAAAUGGUCUCAUGGCUAUAAAAGUCAAUGCUUGCACCAAAAUUAGGGCCGUUAGCAAUAGAGAGUAGUUCAAGUGCAAUCUCAUGGACUGCACAUGGUAUCUGCAUCCGUGAAAUAUCUAGAAACAGUAAAAAUGGCCAUAAUCAUUAAGAAAAACAUAAUUAUAUAGGUAUUUUUGGAAGCUCUGUAUGGCCAUAAAAUAUUCCUAUAAGAUGUGUCGUUGCAGAUGAACAUAUAAGUCACCAAACAUCCUUCAAACCUCAGAUAUUACAAUUAGUUGCGAUAAAAAUCUCUUAGCCUUAUCGAGACUUGAGAAAUUUAGUAUUAUGAAAUGUUACAAACAGUAUUAAAUCUUCACAUCUUGAAUUUUAUUGCUGAAGAAUGACAAAGGCCAUUCGUGUAAAAUUUUCAAGUUUUAUCAUAAAGAACUUUAGUUCUAUAAAUAUUAAUGCACUGCGGCAUAAUAUGUGGACUCUGUACUUCUAGAUAUGGUACUUGCAGGCAGCAGGCUACAACCGCUACAUUUCUCCUUUUGGUGUUUGAGAAAAUCUUGUUUAGAAUUGGCUGAUUGGCUUUUGCUCCCAUUUCAAUGUAGACGCUAUUGAAUGAUAUCUUCUGUUACACCCUUACACAUGGUCUGAUCUUAUUUAGGUUUAAAUACCUGCAAAUAUAGUUCGUUGUUUUGUUUUUUAGAUUCCAGCAAAGUUACAGUAUUUUGCAUCCAUUUAUUUUUUAUCAUUACAGUUUUUUAACCCUCUCCAACUCUCUAGAAACCCCUGUUUAACCUCAAAACCUAUAUUUAUACAAGAUUUCAUUUUUUACAUCAUUUUGACAGCAUUGAGACCUAUAUUAAAAGCGUGAAUGCGGACUUUGGUUUGGGGCUUGGCCGUAAUUCCACAAAAGUCUGUAAAAAGUUACAGUUUGUAAAAAGUUUGGUUUUAUUUAUAUUAUGCUCUGUAACAGUGUAACCUCAGUCUUCUUAUUCAUUUCAUACUUCAUCAAGUCUCAUCAUUUAUCUCCAUGAGAUUAUCUAUUUAAGGUCCAUAUACUUUCUUUCUUUUUACACAGCUACUCAGUUGCACCAUCUCUCUGUUAACUGUUGCUGCAUUGUUCUUCCUUCAUUUUUUAGAAAUUCUUCUUUCCUUUGAGGGGUCGCGGUGGGUGAGUAUGAGUGAAUGAUUUUUCAUUGUGUAUCCAUUCCUCUCUUGCCAAAGCUUUGCACUUGUCUUUGUCUACCGACAUACUGAUAUAUUUUCUUUCUUAGGUUUCUGAAGAUUCUGAUUUCUGAAUUCCGAUACUGCCCCUUGGUUAAGAUAGCCAAUACAGUUUUUCUGUCAGCGUUGUGCUAGACCAUGACUGACAAUAUACCACCUGGAAAUCUUCAAGAUAAGGUGGAGGGCACCAGAGAAAAGGGGACAACUGAAUCUGAACAUGAGAUAGAUGCAAUGAAUGACCAAAAGGCACACCAAGAUGCAGGCGAAGGUAAUAAAAAAAUCAGCAAAACUGACUCUAAAGGAGAAAGGGAUAUCAUCAAGAAUUUAGUGCAAAGGGGUGGUGCCGGUGAGGUAAAUAUGGAAGCUGAGAUAACUCCUGAUGAUGUUAUGAGGGCCGGAGGGUUAGGAGCUAGAGAUGAUAUUGGUAGUUUCCUCCCUACAGCUAUUGACACAACUGACUUUGAAGCCUCUCUUCUUGAUGCUCGAGAAUAUGAAGAGCCUCAGGAACGCAUAUGCAGACCUGGCCUUGGCUGGACAGACACAACUAAUGAUAAUAAGUGAACCUAUUAUUGCCAUCAAGAAGAGAGUUUCUAGGCCCCCCUUCAUGCCGCCACCCUUUUCGACUCUCACUGUUCUCUUCCUGAUAAUACUUUGAACAAGAUCCUAUAUGUAUGAGUAGUUCUGAUCUCCUUGUUUGUUAAAAAUACUGAAGGGUUAUGGAGUUGGUGUUAUGCAUCUCUCUGUUUCCUUUUAUUUACUUUAUCUUGUGUAUCACUACUGUGAGAAUCUCAUUCUCCCCUUUGAUCUGAAAUGGAAAUUGGUCUUUGCAUCUCAA